CUAAGACUAUUCAAAACAUCGGAGAAGUGUAAAGCAAUGAUAGGUCUGCAGAAAGGGGGCCUUGAGAGCUAUACUCGAACCCCAUUCGCUCGCCCGAAAAAGCCGAUCGCUAUAGACUCUACCGAACUGCCGGCGCGUCAUGGCAAUGCUAACUUGACCCCGCGUCAUUCGUCUAAUUUAUAGGAGCGAGUGUCGGCCGUGGUAGUUGAUAGAGUAGUACCAAGCAAGUUUAUAUAAAGAAGUCAAAGCAAUUAACAAAAAUCUCAAGCUCGAAUCCACAAAAAUGGCUGCCCCUCCCCCACAUGGAAUAUACGUCCCCGUGCCGACCUUCUUCGUGAGCAAGAAGGCGGCCAACUAUAACCCGGUUGCGGCGCCGGUCGACGUUGAAACGCAGGUUGCGCACUCCCUGUAUCUGGCGCGAGCUGGAAUUAGGGGGUUGGUGAUCCUGGGUAGCACGGGAGAAGCGAUACAUCUCACGAACAAGGAGCGCUUCGAGGUCCUGUCCGGUGUUAGGCAAGCGUUUGAAAACGAGGGCUUCAAGGACUACCCCAUCAUCGCCGGCACUGCUACACAGAACAUCGAGGAGACGGUUGAGCAGCUGAAAGGCGCGAAGGAAGCCGGCGCGCAGUACGGUUUAACUCUAGUGCCGGGAUACUUCGCCGGCGCCAGCACGCAGGAGGGUAUCAUCAGGUGGUUCACUGCGGUGGCUGACCGGAGCCCUAUACCCAUCUUAAUAUACCACUACCCGGGGGUCUCAAACAACGUCAAAGUCGUGCCGGCUACGUUCGAAGCUCUAGCUAAGCAUCCCAACAUCGUCGGCUGCAAGCUCUCGCACGGCGACGUAUCGUAUCACGCGCAAAUCGCAUCCAACCCCUCCAUUGACCACUCCAAGUUCGCCACUUUCACAGGGCUAGGCCAGCAGUUACUCCCCGUCGUGACCAUCGGCGCUGCCGGUGCCAUCGACGGCUGUGCGGGCUUCUUCCCCAAGAGCGUGGUGCGCCUGUACGACCUGUCGGUGAAGAACCAGCCCACAGACGACGAGGUCCGCCAGCGCCGCCUCCUGCAGUUCAAGCUAAGUUCGGUGGAGGAGCUGAUUGGAAAGUUUGGCACCGUCGGCAUCAAAGAAGCUACCAGCAGGCUGCGCAAGCUGGGUGAUCCCGACGGCACGCGACUGCCCCUGUUCGGCGGCAUCCCCGGUGGCGAUGCCGAGUGGGCUAAGUGGCAGACGCUGAUCGAUGCGUUGGAGGAGGAAGAGCUGAAGCUGUGAGUCUUGGUGUAAAAAGGUCCAUCGGGUAAUGGCUUGUUGGCACUAAUCACGAAAAAUGGAUGGUUGGGUCCGUUAGAUAGGCUAGACUGUUGAAAUAGCUAUUCAAAAUGUAAAUACCGUGGCUUACUUACAUAUGUACCAGGUAUCAAAUAAGAGCAGAGCGAUGAUAUGUAAGGUACCUAGGUUAGGUAUCUAAGUGUAAAUAGGUGAUGUCUCAGUUAUGUAAUUACGCCUUCGGAGAUUAAAUAGGCAACUCCGGAUCCGACGCGUUGAUGCCUUCCGUUGUCCUCGUUACCUACGCAGUUACGCAGGCGCUAAUCCAGCGAUGAAGGUAGGUGCCGAUUAGUAACGCUGCCAUCAUUAGCUAAAUAAAAAUAAAUAAACUCCCCCACGAAAUAAAUAG